GAGUAUUCGUCGUUACUUGUGUUGCUUAUUUGAUACUAGUAUGUCGGGCUGUGUUUGUUUGAACUUUGAAAUUAAACACACACCCACUCACACACACAAGGUUGAUAAUUAAUUUUCUGUGAUGGUAAAAGGGUGUUGUGACCCUUGAGUAUGUAUGUUUCUUCAAUAGGAUCUGCGUGUUACUACUGAUGUACUUCUUACAGUAACGCAUUUAGUUAGUUCUAUUUGCGGCUCUCCGAUUUUGGCGUAUCGUACUUGGAUUUCUGAAGCUACAUCGAUGGAGAGAGAAGCAAACAACCUUGCUUAAGUUUGUAUGAUAAGAGAAACCUUGACAUUAGAUGCUCCAUAUGGUGUUUCUCUAAUUGGGUUAGUUACUUUGGCAUGUUUUAGUGAAGAAAUUUAAGAAUGCUCCAUCUGUAAGUUGUUGCCUGAACUGGAUGCUUACACGCACGGAUAUGGAGAUUGCAUUCGCAUCCUCCAUCUUGCAAUCCUUGUUUUCCUUGAAUUAAGAAACACAUCUUAAACCUUAAAAGUUGUAUGCCCUUUUCAAUUAUUAUUUGUGGGUAAGUACGAUUUUAUUCCAAGAAAACAAGCAGAAAACACUGAUUCGGGGAGACCCCUGGCAAAGAAAGAAAAAUCCCCGAUACAAUUUUGCAUGGGCAUACCCAUGAAAGGUUACAGAACCAAAGCAAAAAGAACUACAACAACAAAGGAUUAGACAACAUCUAACCCCCGGCUCAACUAUUCCCCACCGAGCUGGAGCUUCCCAAUACCCUUGGAGAGAUAUUCCAAGAGUUGCACGGCUCUUCAUUUUUCUCUAAUGUAAUCUCACUUCUUACUCCUAUGAAGUCAUAUGGGCUGCCAGUUCCUCAUCUUUUUGUUCACUUCAUAUGAUUGAGUCACAAGUUUGUGGGUCUUGCUCAUAUAAAACAAAAUAGCCUGAAAAAGUUAGUACUGCUAGCUUAUCUUAUGCAACAAACAAAGUGUUGAUGCCCAGAAACUUAGAAAUUUCAUUGACUGCUAUUUUCAUCACUCAACUUUGAAUGGUGCAACAGACGCCUCAUAAACCAACGCAUAUUUCAUUGCAUACUCGCAAUUGUGGUGGCCCACCGAUGUUGAGGAGAUGGAAUAAAAUAUGAGGUGGUUCAUGAGGGACUUUAUCUAUCUGUUUACUCCAGUAUUUAUCAGAAUGUGGGGAAUGAUCAUCUCUUUUUGUAUUUGCGGUUGGUAUUCUUCACAACAUCCAGUCUCUCUGGCACUUCUAAGACCCAUUUUUGAAUGCAGAGACUACCGUGGCAACAGAACUGCACUUUUUGAUGGCAUUGAGGAAGGUGGUAUCUAUGUAGCACCGACACUCCAAAAGGGUGCCGUGUCCACGUAUUGGACACGGGGACACGUAUUGGACACGCCACGUGGCGUGUCCAAUAAUUUUUACUAUUUUUUGAUAGGGGACACGGCUAGGGGUCAAAAUGUAAUAUUUUUAAAAUUUUUGGGGGUUAAUAUGAAAUUGUUCAAAACAUUUGGGUUAAACUGUAAUUUUUCCUUUGAAAAAAAAUUAUUCGAUUUGUGAAAUUAUUCAUAUACAAUGGUUCAUAAUUUUUUUUUAUAUAUAUGUACAUAUAUUUAUUUUUUAUUAAUUUAUACACGUGGCGUGUCCCCCGCCGUGUCCGUAUCCCCAUUAUUUUAGAAUUGCCGUGUCCCGUGUCCGUGUCCGUAUCCGUAUCCGUGUCCAUGCUACAUAGGGUGGUAUCAGGGCCUCCCAUGAAAUUGAUGAGCAUGAUAAUGAUAGUGCAAUGGAGGGAUUGCAGGAUAGUGUCAUUAUGCUAAAAAGACUGACAGGUGAUAUACAUGAGGAAGUGGAGAGUCAUAAUCGUGUGCUGGACCGUAUGGCGAAUGAUAUGGAUUCAUCUCGGGGUAUAUUAUCAGGAACUAUGGAUAAAUUCAAGAUGGUAUUCGAGACUAAAUCCAGCCAGAGAACUGUUACGCUUGUAGCCGCUUUUGUGGUCAUUUUUCUGAUCGUAUACUAUCUUACCAAGUGAUUAUCGUGAUGAAGUUGAAAAUCUGCUUAGAACAAGGAAAAGUAUUUCACUUUGUUAACAUAAUCAAUCUUAAUAAUUACAAUUAGAGAUGUUUCAAUGCUAUUUGUGUACAGAUACAGAGAUGUGAGAGAUAUUGGGAUCGGAAUAGAUAGCAAUGCUAUCCCAUUAUAACUACACAACAAACAAUUGGAGUCAUUUUCCUUGGUAUACAUAGCACUCUGCUGUUUUGUAUACUACUCACUACUCAGCUGUUUUGAUUUGAAAGCGGAACAUUUGAAUUAAACUACCAAGGUUCUC